AUGCAUGAUAUCCUACCAACAAAGUCCAACUUCCCCCCUCAUCAUACCCUCACAUCCCUCUCUCUCACACACGUCCUCCACGGCAGCGAUAUAUACUCAAAGAUCUUUGCCCACCUUACUCUAUCGCCCUUGGCCAUCACUUGCAGUUAUGUCGCCGUCAUGCUCACCACAAGAGAUCUCACCGUCAUCCUUAUGCUCGUCGGUCAAUUGUUGAACGAAUGCGUCAACUUUGUUCUCAAACGGUUUGUCAAACAAGCUAGGCCCACAGAAUACCUUGGAGAUGGAUACGGAAUGCCUUCCAGUCACUCACAGUUCAUGGCGUACUUUGCCACCUACAUGAUCAUCCUUAUGUACCGAUCGGGUGUAUCAGAUGGAGCUGUCAGUCCCCAUGUUGUUACGGUCUUGGUUCUGAUCUGGUCCUCGCUUGUCAUCUACUCUCGUGUCCAUCUGUAUUAUCACACGUGGCAGCAAGUGGUAGCAGGAUCGAUCUGCGGAUGUCUGUUUGCAGUAGGGUACUAUUUCUUUGUUAACCGGUUCUUGCGUUCCCGGGGCAUGCAGGACUGGAUGCUGGACAACUCGUUUGCACAGUGGGCGCAUAUCGUUGAUCGGGAACAGAUGGACAACGUGUACGAAUGGGAAUGGAACCAGUUUCAGCAGUGGCGCAAGAUCAACCUGGACGCACACAUUGCGGCACAUAUCGUUUCUAGCACACACGCCAUGUCAGGACCCGGCAAGAACAACAACAACAAGAACAACAAGAACAGCAAGGAGGUCUCGCGUCCGGCCGGCAACAAGCCCGCCAUUACCGCACAGAGAUUUGAGCAAGAGUUGGCUAAUGCACCCGCUGAUGUUCAGGACAAACUCCGCGCCCUCCUUCAGCAGUUGGCCCUUGGUGCCGGUGGUGCUGCCGGCGCUGCUGCCGUCGGCAGUGGCAAGGAACCCAAGUCAAUGGACGAGCACAAGUUCUGGAAGACCCAGCCUGUCGUCAAGCAUGACGAGGUUGUUGAGGUUGACGGUCCCAUUGAAGACGAUGUCCCUCUGGAUCAGGUCCGCGCAACCCCUUACCCCUUGCCCAAGGAAUUCGAGUGGUCGUUGGUGGAUGUUGAGAACGACAAUGAGAUCAAAGAGUUGUACGAGUUGUUGACAUUGAACUAUGUCGAGGACGACGAUGCCAUGUUCCGUUUUGAUUACUCGGCCGCGUUCUUGAAGUGGGCUCUUUUGCCUCCUGGUUGGAAGAAGGCCUGGCACAUUGGAGUCCGUGUUGCCUCUAACAAGAAGCUCGUCGCCUUCAUUAGUGGUAUCCCCCAGGAUGUUCGUGUCCAUACCACUAUCAAGCGCAUGGUGGAGAUUAACUUUUUGUGUGUGCACAAGAAGCUCAGGAGCAAGCGUUUGGCUCCAGUUUUGAUCAAGGAGGUCACCCGCAGGACGCAUCUCGAGGGAAUCUUCCAGGCAGUCUACACUGCUGGAGUUGUUCUUCCCAAGCCCAUGGCCACCUGCCGCUACUUCCAUCGUUCCUUGAACCCCAAGAAGUUGGUCGAGACUGGAUUCUCUCAUUUGGCACGCAACAUGACCAUGGCCCGUCUGAUCAAGUUGAACAAGAUGAAUGAUCACACCAGCACACCAGGAUUGAGAGCCAUGGAGGAAAAGGAUGUUGCAGCUGUUGCAGCCCUGAUGAACAAGUACUCGGCCCACUUUAACGUUGCUCCUCAUUUCCAGGAAGCCGAUGUUCGUCAUUGGUUAAUUAGCCGUCCAGGAGUUGUCUGGGGCUACGUCGUUGAGGACCCCGAGUCAAAGGAGAUCACGGACUUUUUUUCGUUCUACUCAUUACCCUCGACAGUCAUCAACAACCCCAAGCACUCGACCUUGAACGCCGCCUACUCGUUCUACUAUGCAGUUCAGACCCCUGACGAGGCAUUGAGCAAGAUUGAGGAUGGUGCCGAACGUGAGAAGGCCAGGGCAGAGGGAAUCAAGGGACGCCUGACGGCAUUGAUGCAGGAUGCGUUGAUCUUGGCCCGCCAGAACGACUUUGAUGUCUUUAACGCGUUGAACUUGAUGGAUAAUGCGCUCUUCACGGAGGAUCUCCGAUUCGGGCCUGGAGACGGUUACUUGCACUUUUACUUGUACAACUGGAGGUGUAGGGAAAUCUCAAGCGAGAAGGUUGGACUGGUCAUGUUGUAA